CCUCAGCGGAAAUGGUGUAGGGGAACAAGGGGUAAGGCCCCGCGGGCCGCGCCGGCGCACCGUGGGUCGGUGCCAUGGCGCUGCCGAGUUCCUUGAACAGGUAUUUGCUGCUCAUGGCACAGGAGCACCUGGAAUUCCGCCUACCGGAAAUAAAGUCUUUGCUUUCACUUUUUGGAGGUCAGUUCACCAGUAGUCAGGAAACUUAUGGAAAGUCUCCUUUUUGGAUUCUUAGUAUUCCCUCUGAAGAUAUUGCCAGGAACUUAAUGAAACGGACAGUGUGUGCCAAGUCUGUAUUUGAACUGUGGGGUCAUGGAAAAUCUCCAGAGGAGCUGUACAGUUCUCUUAAAAACUACCCUGUGGAAAAGAUGGUUCCAUUUCUACAUUCAGAUUCUACAUAUAAAAUAAAGAUUCUCACAUUUAAUAAAACACUGACACAAGAAGAAAAAGUCAAACGAAUAGAUGCACUUGAAUUUCUGCCAUUUGAAGGAAAAGUGAAUUUAAAGAAGCCACAACAUAUAUUCUCUAUUUUGGAGGAUUAUGGUUUGGACCCAAACUGUAUCCCUGAGAAUCCACAUAAUAUUUAUUUUGGUAGAUGGAUUGCAGAUGGACAGAGAGAGCUUAUUCAGUCAUACAGUGUCAAAAAGAGACACUUUAUUGGAAAUACAAGCAUGGAUGCUGGUUUAUCAUUCAUCAUGGCUAACCAUGGAAAAGUGAAAGAAAAUGAUAUUGUGUUUGAUCCCUUUGUUGGAACAGGUGGCCUUCUGAUAGCAUCUGCUCAUUUUGGUGCAUAUGUAUGUGGGACAGACAUAGACUACAACACCAUUCAUGGCUUGGGAAAGGCUAGUAGGAAAAACCAGAAAUGGAGAGGACCAGAUGAAAACAUUAGGGCAAAUCUUCGUCAAUACGGUUUAGAGAAGUAUUACCUUGAUGUCCUGGUUUCAGAUGCAUCUAAACCUUCCUGGAGGAAGGGCGCAUAUUUUGAUGCAAUCAUCACUGAUCCUCCAUAUGGUAUUAGAGAAUCUACAAGAAGAACAGGGUCACAGAAGGAAAUACCAAAGAGCAUAGAAAAAUGUCCAGAAAGCCAUGUUCCUGUUUCCUUGAGUUAUCAUCUGAGUGAUAUGUUUUUUGACCUGUUAAACUUUGCAGCUGAAACUCUCAUAUUAGGUGGAAGACUAGUCUACUGGUUACCAGUGUACACACCAGAAUACACUGAAGAGAUGGUACCUUGGCACCCUUGCUUGAAACUCAUCAGCAACUGUGAGCAGAAGCUUUCUAGUCAUACAUCGAGGCGCUUGAUAACAAUGGAAAAAGUGAAGGAAUUUGAGUUUGGCUUUCUGAACCCAAAGAGAGGAAUUUGCACGAUGCAAAGUGGGUUCCUAAGGAAGAAGGGCAAGAUGAGUGCCGUGAAAUGAGUGAGGCUUCUAUGGGAGGCCAUGAUGUGUAUCCACGAGCUGUGACUGGUCCAGGAGACCCAGCCCUCAGCAGGUGCCACAGAACCCAGAGCUAGACCUGGAAGCCUAUCAAGUUGAUCUCUGUAUACUUUGCUGCCGUUCUCAACAAUGAAAAAGACACAGCCCCAUCCUCUAUGAGCUUAUAGUCGCAUGGGCUACAGAUGGUAGUAAACAGAGGUAAGUGGUCAAUUCAAAUAGCAGUCAGUCUUUCCAGAGGCUAAGUCCAGGGUGAGUACAAGAGGAGCAAUUAACCACUUCAAACAGUGUAGGUGUGUUAACCAUAUGUUUCUGUUAUUUUGACUUGUGGAGCCUUGCUGACCCAGCAGAGACUGCUCCUUCCAGGCCAGCCAAUUCCUAGAGGUAGUAAAGGACUCCUGCAAAUGUGCCUCAUAUGCGUUAUGCAAACAAAGCAGCCAAGAGCCCAGAUAUGCCUCCCCCGCACCCCCAACCUCAGGCUCAGGUUCUUACACUCUGGGCCACCAUUCCCAUGUCAUAAUCACUUGAGGGCUAGGUACAGGCAUCUAGGGACAGACCCUACACCCCAGAGACCACUGAAACUAUUUACACUAGCCAAUCCCCAGCCUGCUCACCCUGCUUUGCCCCUUGUUACUAUGGGAACCCCAAUAAAGACUCUUGCCCACAUUUUCCCCUCAUUCCCCUCUGCCCUCUGACCAACUUGUGUGACCCUGCAUGACAAGGCAUGCCCUCUUGGGAACUUUGAGGAACAAACUAUCUUUUCAAUGGCAAUUGUAUUCUGAGCUGUUGGUCUCACCAUACCUGAAUAAUCAUAAAAUCUCCUUUUUUAAAUACAAGGGGUGGGAAAGGAUUGGAUCUAGGAAGACUUUGAGAGAGGAUGACAUAUAGGUAGACUCCUGAAGAAGGAGGAGUAGAAAUUUCCAAAUGAUGUCGGGGGUGAGGGCAGAACAGAGAUUCCAUGCAGAAGGAUCAGCAUCUGGAAAAUCACAUUUGGAUAACAAUUCCAGUAGUUUGUAUGCCUGGAGCUAAGCUCAAUGUGUUGGAUGAAGAGAAGAAUUGAAGCUGGAGAGGAAAUUAGGGCCAGAUCAUGAAGCACUUACUUGCCUUGCUAGAGAGUCUGGGCUUGAACCGGGAGAACUCCCUCUCUGUGAUGACUGUUCCCUUAUGCUGCUGUCAAAGCUCUUCAGGAAGUUUUAGCGUCUUACAAAAUGGCACGCCGUUGAGGUGCAUGACUUCCUUGACAAAGGUCCUAUGGUGGUGGAGUUUGUGGCUUUGCCCUCGCUCGAGGGUCUCUUCCUCCCUUGGUUCUGGGUCUCAGUUAAUGACCUCUGAGUGCAGCAAGCCACAUACUCAAGGCGGCUUGAAGCAAAGCCUUACCACCUGGGAGCCUCAGUUUCUUCAGCCUAAAGCCUUCCUAAGUUCCCAGUUACACUGUGUGAGAGAUUUCCUGGCUAAAUGCAGCCCAAACCUCCCUGAUCCUGACUGACAGAUACUUGCCCCAGAGCCAAGAAACAAUCUUAAGUUGGCCUCCUGCAUUGAGGGAGAUGAUUUUUAUUGGUUUCACUCUUCACACAGUGCUGACGGUGUGGGCCUGCAGAAGAGCAAGCUGAUGAAAAUAAAGACUGAGUUGCCAGCUCGUAUGUGUCCUUAUUUCCAAGGACAAACACAAACCCUGUCUCCGGGAGCUGCUUCUCUAUUCCAAGACAAAUGAGCUGUUGAAGUGUCAUGAUUUUGAAAUCCUAGCAAUAUACAUAAAGGAUAUUUUACUGAUCAACCUCAAGGAAUUUGUCAUAAAUAAAAAA